ACCCCGUGGCGUGGGGAGGAAAAUGGGCGGAGAUUGGGCGGUCCCUUACGCGCUUCAUGACGUCUUCAUGAUGGUCAAGAGCUUGGCUAGGCGCUGAUGGCCACAGAUAAGUAAAGAGCGAUCUGCAAAGAGAACGAGACCAGACGGAACCGAAGCAGUAUAAGAAGCUCCCUUUCUGUGUUAAUUGUGGACAGUGCCAUAGCAGGACAUUUCUAACUUGAGGACAGUGAAGCUACCGAACUAAACGCGACAGAUUGUCCACGGUGCGCUUGCGUUUCUUGGGGAGUCAGGAUUUUUUUCAUUGCCGCUUUUUGUGGGUCAUGACAAGAUCUGGUUGAUCGUUUGGUUUCCGAAGUUCCAGCGGUCUCGCUACAGGUGGAGGAUUUUCCUUUCUUGAAAAAAUAUAGAAAAGAAAAGCCGUAUCGAGCGCUCAGAACCGAUGACGGCCGAGGUCCAGCAACCUUCCGUGCAGCCGCCUGCCCAAAGCAGCCCGAUGUCCGCACCCGAGAAAGCGCACGCUCAAUCGGCGGCCAUGGACGCGGCCUCCUCCACCACCAAAGCCAAAAAGACAAAUGCCGGCAUCCGGCGUCCUGAGAAGCCGCCGUACUCGUACAUCGCGCUCAUCGUCAUGGCCAUCCAGAGCUCUCCGACGAAGCGUCUUACGCUCAGUGAGAUCUACCAGUUCCUCCAGAGCCGCUUCCCGUUCUUCCGCGGCUCUUACCAGGGCUGGAAAAACUCCGUGCGUCACAACUUGUCCUUAAACGAGUGCUUCAUUAAGCUGCCCAAGGGGCUCGGGCGACCAGGGAAGGGUCACUACUGGACCAUCGACCCUGCGAGCGAGUUCAUGUUCGAGGAGGGCUCUUUUCGGCGCAGACCACGCGGAUUCCGGCGCAAAUGUCAGGCGCUCAAGCCGUCCAUGUACAGCAUGAUGAACGGCCUAGGGUUCAACCACUUACCCGAGUCCUACAACUUCCAGGGCAGCGGCGGAGGCCUGUCUUGCCCGCCAAAUAGUUUAUCUUUAGAGAGCGGGAUUGGGAUGAUGAAUGGACAUUUGGCAGGCAACAUGGAGGGAAUGGGCCUGGCGGGACACUCCAUGUCUCAUCUGUCGGCCAACAGUGGACAUUCCUACAUGGGGAACUGUACGGGAUCCACGGGGAGCGAGUAUCCCCAUCACGACAACUCAGCCUCGCCCCUGCUGUCCGGCGGCGGAGUCAUGGAGCCGCAUCCCGUUUACUCGAGCACGACCUCGGCGUGGGCGCCCGCGCCGUCAGCUUCCCUUAAUAACGGAGCGUCUUACAUUAAACAGCAGCCUCUGUCUCCGUGCAACCCAGGUGCAAAUCCUUUACAGCCGAGCUUACCCACACACUCUUUGGACCAGUCAUAUCUGCACCAGAAUGGGCACAGCACGACCGACCUACAAGGUAUUCCCAGGUACCAUUCCCAAUCUCCCAGCAUGUGCGACCGGAAGGAGUUUGUGUUCUCUUUCAACGCCAUGACAUCUUCAACUAUGCAUUCACCUGGAAGCGGCUCUUAUUAUCAUCACCAACAAGUCGCCUAUCAGGACAUCAAGCCUUGCGUGAUGUGACAACACUGGUAAUGAAUUAAAGACUGAUUUAACACUGAUGAAGGAGCCACUGAGCCUCUACGGUGGGAAACAACAACAACAACAACAACAACAAAAACAACAACAACA